CUGUCAUGGCAUGUCAACAUGUGCAUGGACGGCAUCACCCAACAGCAAUGGUUACUGGUCAGAUGCAGUUUAGCAGAUAAUGGCUGAUGUGAGUGUGGUGGUCCCUGUUUACAAUGGAGAGAAAUGGCUGUGUGAGUGUCUUGAGUCGGUACAACAGCAGACAUUCAGUGGCCAUCUACAGCUGUCUGUGUAUGAUGAUGGAAGCACGGAUGGUACAAGCAACCUGAUCCGGAAAUGGAGACAGCGUUUGGAGCCUCUCGGUAUAGAAGUCGUCACAGGUGGACAUACAGACACACAACCUAGGGGAGUUGGCCAUUCAAAGAACAUGGCAGUGAGUCAGAGUACAGGGGACUUCCUGUGUUUCCUGGAUGCUGAUGACGUGAUGCACUGUGAUCGGGUCAGCAGUCAGAUGGAGGCUGCCAAGGCACACCCCAAUGCUAUAAUAGGCAGCUGCUUCCAUCGUACGCCUGCUGACUCGACCCGGAGGUUCACCAGGUGGGCAAAUUCCCUGUCCUCAGACCAGCUGCCUCUCCAGGUGUUCACGUCUCACGGACCCACUGUCAUCAUGCCGACUUGGGGGGUCCCGGAAGACUUGAUUUUCUUCUACCGACACCUGGAGCUAGGUGGGGACGUUGUGCGUGUAGACCGAGACCUGCUCACCUACAGAUACCACCCACAAGCCACAACAUUCUCAGUACACGAAGACACCAUCUGGAAUCUCAGAGUUGAGUUCCUUCAGAAACAAGUAUUGUCUCAUUGGUCCAAAUUCACAAUCUGGAAUGCUGGGAAACAGGGGAGGAAACUCUUUCGCUCUCUUACACCCGAGAAUCAGAAGAAGGUGUGUGGUUUCUGUGAUGUGGAUGCCAAGAAGAUCAGUAAAGGAGUGUACAUCUAUGAGGAGUCCAAGGAGCGUCCUAAGCCACGACUUCCCAUAAUGCAUUUCAGUACUGCCAUUCCUCCGCUGAUCAUCUGCGUGAAACAGGACCUCACAAGUGGCAGUUUUGAGGAGAACUUGGCCUCACUGAAGCUGGUAGAGGGAACAGACUACGUCCAUUUUAACUGAGCCAAUGGUGAUAACUCUCUUCAUGGUACCUUAGCGUCAGUGGCCUAGAACUGUCAGGGAGAGGAGGUGCGCCUUGGUGUCGGUGUGAGGUCCGUUGACUUGAACCCAUUUGGGAUGAGCUGGAGAGACAAGUGCGACAUUAGAUCAACCAACCAGUAUUCGUUGACCAUUAGUGAGGAUAUCUGGUUGGCAACAAGUGUUCUGAUCAAUUAUGUUCAUAAGGAGACGUUCCAUCACGGCAGCCCUAGGUCACAAUUGUUGAAUUAUUGUUUAACAAUUCCAGUGUGAAUUUUUUUGUUAGGAGGUUAUGUAACAUGUAUUACAUUUUCUAAUAAAAUGAUCCAUCUUGUA